UCCAUACUUUCUCCAUUUAUGACUUUCUCUCUCCUUUUUAUCUCUCUUCAUUCUCGUAUAUCUCCUGUUUGUCCACUCUCUAUCUCUCUCUCUCUAAAUUUCUCUCUCUCCAUUUUUGCAAUCUCUCUGCACUGCGUCUGGUUUCGUGAAUCGUUGAAAAGGCCUCUCAAUUGUUUAAGGCAGCGUUUCUUAUGUUACCAGGAUGGAGAGACACCAUGCUCUCCCCAACAGGAGGACUGAGUUCCUCAACAAAAUCAAGACUGCAACUUGCAUGAAUUCUUCAUCAUCUGAUACUGGAAAAGGACGCAGCAAGUUGUCCAGUAACAGAGUGAUCCAUGGGUUCCAUCUUGUUGAAGGAAAAUCAGGUCAUGAUAUGGAGGACUAUCAUGUUGCACAGUACAGAUAUGUGAAAGGCCAUGAACUUGGGUUGUUUGCCAUAUUUGAUGGCCAUCUGGGAGAUAGUGUCCCAAGUUACCUGCAGUCCCAUUUAUUUGACAACAUACUGAAUGAGCCAGACUUCUGGAUGGAACCUAUCAGAUCAAUUGCCAAGGCAUAUCAACAAACAGACAAACUCAUUUUGGAAAAUUCGACACACUUAGGACCUGGUGGCUCAACAGCUGUUACUGCCAUUGUAAUUGAUGGUAGGCAAUUAUUGGUGGCCAAUAUAGGAGAUUCUAGGGCUGUUCUAUGCCGGAAGGGCGAGGCAAUUCAGCUCUCCGUGGACCAUGAACCUCAUAGUGAGAGAAAGAGGAUUGAGAAGCAGGGUGGUUUCGUUACACUUCUUCCAGGAGAUGUGCCUCGGGUUAAUGGCCAGCUUGCAGUGGCACGUGCCUUUGGUGAUCAAAGCCUCAAGGCCCAUUUAAGUUCUGACCCGGAAGUACGAGAAGUUCGAAUAGACUCUAGUGUGGAGUUUGUCAUUCUAGCAAGUGAUGGCUUGUGGAAGGUUAUGAAAAAUGAAGAAGCCGUUAGUUUGGUAAGAUCCAUCAAAGACCCCCAAACUGCUGCAAAACGCUUGACCACAGAGGCACUUGCCAGGAAGAGCAAAGAUGAUAUCUCAUGUAUUGUCAUUCGUUUCAGAGGCUGAUUUCUCGCUCAUUAUGUAGUUAAGAGGCUUUUUCCUUGGUUGAUAUAGAGAGAGAGAGAGAGAGAGAGAGAGAGAGAGCAUAUAUAUGUAUACAUAUAAGUGGUGUCAUUCUUGUAUGAUUGUUUGUUCGAAUAUCUGUUCAUCAUGGGUGUGCCAGUUUUGUGAGGAAUCGAUGAUUUGGCAACAAUUAUGAGGCGAUUUGUUCGUCCUCUACGAUUAUUUGGCAAAUCAGUCGCUCUCACAUCUUGUACUGAAACUCCAUGCGAAACAUUUGAAUUUCUUUGUACAGAUUAUAAAUGUACCUUUGUAGGUAUACCUUGUAUAUGCUUGGUAUCAGAGUGAUGUAUCCAGAGAUCGGAUGAAUACUACGCUAUAUCUGAGAGGUUUCGCAGAUCUAAAUCAAGAGUCACUUGAA